CCAUCAAAAACUAGAAGCGGAUGGAACGGAAAAAGUAGAAGGAUCCAUGACGCAGAAACUAGAGAAUGUUUUGAACAGAGCAAGUAAUACUGCUGACGCAUUGUUUCAAGAAGUGUUAGGUAGAAAGGACAAGGCAGAUUCCACUAGAAAUGCACUCAACGUACUUCAGCGAUUUAAGUUUCUCUUCAACCUUCCUCUAAAUAUUGAAAGGAAUAUUCAAAAGGGUGAUUAUGAUGUGGUUAUUAAUGAUUAUGAAAAGGCCAAGUCACUCUUUGGGAAAACGGAGGUGCAAGUUUUCAAGAAAUAUUAUGCUGAAGUAGAGACACGAAUUGAAGCUUUACGAGAACUGCUUCUGGAUAAAUUGCUUGAGACUCCAUCGACCUUGCACGACCAAAAACGUUAUAUAAGGUAUCUGUCUGACCUUCAUGCACCUGGUGACCCUGCUUGGCAGUGUAUUGGAGCCCAGCACAAGUGGAUCCUUCAGCUCAUGCACAGUUGCAAAGAAGGCUAUGUGAAGGACCUGAAAGGCAAGGAUUUCUGUUCUGAUUUGUAUUCCACCUUUUCUUGUCACUUUAAUACACUUUGGGAAUGCUCCCGAUUUUCUUGGUAUCUGUACCUGUCUUCUUUGUUCUUUUUGGUCCCUGCCCCACUCUAAAGAAUAUUAUAUCUAAGAGUAGGUGACAGAGAGAAGGGAGAUAACUCUUUUGAUGUGUCUAUUUUUAUGGGUGACUAGCUAGCAUUGUUGACAAAGGUUUAUCUUAAGGAUUGGUUACAUUUCAUAGGAGCAGCAUGAUGCUAGGCAUUAUAUUAGGACUUGGUAAACGUUGGUCCCAGUCAUUGUUUGUCUUUUCCAGGCAAGCACUAAGUGUUAGACAGACAGUGAUAACUAAAACAGACUCAGGCGCGGCCUCAUGGAGUU